CAUUUUUAACUAUAGGAGGGAGAAAGGAGGCAAAUUUAAAUGGAAAACCAAGAAAGUUUUGUGCCCGUUUUGACUGCGACUCUCGCUAUCGUCUGAAGGGGCUCCUCAUGGUGUUAAAUUCAACUCCCUUUCACAGCUGCUGCUUCAGUUUCUCUCUCUCUCUCUCUCUCUCUCUCGCCCUCUCUUUUUCUUCUCUGCUCUGUUUGUCGGUGCUCACAUCUUUUUCUAUCACACCCCCACUGAAAUUCUGCGAGAAGCCGCCUCAUCUGGUGCCGCCUGACAUUUCACCUAGAAGUUACAAAACUUUGUUGUUACUAUUUUAGGAAAGAUUUUGAGGAAACACACGCAGAGAGAGAGAGAGAGAGAGAGAGAGAUAGAAUCUAAUCUCUGAAUGGGGAGGCAUUCUUGCUGUUUCAAGCAGAAACUCAGAAAAGGGUUAUGGUCACCUGAAGAGGAUGAGAAGCUUUUGAGGCAUAUCACUCAGUAUGGCCAUGGCUGUUGGAGCUCUGUUCCAAAGCAAGCCGGUCUACAGAGAUGUGGCAAGAGCUGCAGAUUGAGGUGGAUUAAUUACUUGAGGCCUGAUUUGAAAAGAGGGGCAUUCUCACAAGAGGAAGAGCAGCUCAUUGUUGAGCUCCACGCUGUUCUUGGGAACAAGUGGUCGCAGAUUGCAGCACGAUUGCCAGGCAGAACAGACAAUGAGAUAAAGAACCUGUGGAAUUCUUGCCUGAAGAAAAAGCUCAGGCAGAGAGGCAUUGACCCUGUGACCCACAAGCCUCUCUCUGAGGUGGAAAACAGUGAUGACAAAGACGCGAUAUCAGGGCAGACCCAAGAUAAGGUCUCUCGAGGGUCAGCUGAAUUGCUGAGCCAGCUCAAUCCACAAAUCUCAAGCUCCAACACGGCAAGAAGCAGUAAAAACAGCAACUUGAUGACGCCCACAUUGAGCAAGGACACAGUUGCAGAUGGGUUUGUGAGCAAUCACCAAGAGAACUCAAUGAUGAACAGUUGCAGCUCAGACUUUGUUGACAAUUUCUCUCUGCAACAAUUGAACUUCUCAUCAAGUGAUUCCAGAUUUUCUAACCUCUGGUUCACCCAAACGGGCAAAGCACUUGGAAACACCAUCUUUCCCGACUUCAAUUCCAACGUAUCAUCUACCAUUUCUCCUCCUUCAACCAACUCCUUUAUCUCUACUGCUUCAAUGGGCUUCAACUACAAGCCAUCUGAUGCUGUUCCUUCGGCGAAUUCGACUUCAAGCGCUAGCACAGGAACUGCAGAUAUGCACAACAGUGGCUCCUACUUCGGGAACAGCCUAGUUUCUUGGGGAUUAUUAGCAGAUUGUGGCUCACCAGACAAGGAGGGAUCGACCUCAAUCCUUCCAUUUGAAGCUCAUCAACCCGGAGGCUUCAAGUGGGGUGCCGAAUAUCUCCAGAACCCUCUGUUCAUGGCAGCCGCGCUGCAGAAUCAAGCCCAGCAGCAAUCCAAUUUGUACAAUCAGAUAAAGCCAGAGACCCAGUUUGUUCCAGACGGUUCAAGUUCUUCCGUAUGGGAUCAUCUUCCGGGACACGAAUCCUUGGACAAUUCUUCAGAUACUUGCUUUAAGGAUAUCCAGAGAUUAACGGCGCUGUUCGGACACAUUUAGCUAGAGAAUUAUGUUAGGUUGAUGAAGCCUCACUAUUGAAGCAAGAGGGGAUCAUUUGAAGACUGGCUAUUUGAUUGGUGGUGACUUGAAAGUUUGCAGAUUGUUAUUUAUUACAGGUGUGGACUAUAAUUUUUUCCCCUUUUCCCUCUUUCAAUGUACAUAGUUCUAAUACAAACAUUUGCAUCCUUUGUCUUUGACCCCUAUAUGCUUUAAGAUUCGGAGGCCUUGCUCUGUUUCGGCUUCAUUGCUGUUGAAAACAGGACAAUAGAUGUAGCAUUAUUCCUGGGUUUUUGAAUUUAUGGUGUUUUGCAUCUGCUUGACUGCUUGUGCCUCAGUCAUCAUCGGAGCCAAAUAAAAAGUGGAAGAGGUUCUUCAUUUCAUGUCA